AUGGCGCACCUAAAAGACCGAACCCUGUCCGCAAAGGCGGCUGCAAAUUGGAAUAUAACCGACAUCAAACAUGCCCUCCCUCCACAGCUUCGUUUUCGAGGAAGGGAAUCUAUGAAACCGGUCCUCAUACCAGCCCUCCACGAUAUUUCCAAGACUUCCAUGGGGCGAGUGCAAGAGGUGCGUAAGCAGUUAUGCAGAGCUAUACAACAGCGCCUUAGGCGAAGCAAGAGGGUAGAAAAGAUCGAGGUGACACUAGAAGAUGUAAAGAUUGCGCAGAGGUGGUUCCAGAACAAUCCGACCGAGAGUAGGCUCUCACAGAAAGAUACCGUGAGGAGGAAAAAGGCAACGAAAGUGGCCAGUCCGGCGGGCGGACAAGGAGUGAGGAGAAGCGCAAGGCUGAACCCGCAAUCACAGGAGCGAAGCGGGAGCGUAAUAAUAAUACCAGACGCCGCAAGCGGAGGAGCGACCACCGAACAAGAGAACAGCGGCUCCGAUGAGGAUGGUGAGAGGGCCAUACCAGAGACGCCACGAAUACCAUCUCCUUCUAGCACCAUACCAAGGAUUCGCCCAAAGCAUCUUUCAUUCAUACCGUCUCCUCCCGCAGGAGAGCCUGCACGCGGUAUGGAUAUUAGAUCAAAUGCUGAAGCGGAUUCUGUAACCGCUUCAAGCCAGAUCUACGCUCAACGCCAGUCUCACAGACGACACAGAAUGGCUCUCGAGACUCCCUACGCCAAAAGAACUGUGGAGGGUGUACAGCAAGACUCCAGGAAGAAGCGAUUAGCAACUCGACUUCGAGAGCUACGGGCGGAAGAAGAUGGACACCGUCGUCUGGCCGGAGAGCAUCUUGCGCGACUUGCUACACAUCGUCGAGAUGCGAGAAAUCACCACGCCGAGAUCGAGAAGCUGGAAGCGGUUGUGGAAUCCAGGAGGUAG